GUUUGUCAUUCAAUGGCCGAUGUGGAGGUUUUGGCUGAUUCGUUGGUUAGAGAGUAUCUUAGCAGAAAGGGCUGGAAGAGGACGCUGAGAAUUUUAGAUGAAGAGUCACCACGAACAGAAGGAAGCAUUAGCAGCAGACAGAUGCUAGCGAAAGCAGUUAACAUUGAAAAACUGAUGAGGAAGAACAAGGCACAAACAAAUCCUCUUCGCACAAUGAUUGAAGUAAUGACUUUGUAUUUCCUUGAAGAAUCGACCGACUACAAACAACCAACCACCACACAGAAACCCAACCCACCGUACACACAAACAACCAAACAACCCCAACAGACAGCAACACCACAAACAUCUCUACUGAAUCAAAAACAUGCAAACGAAAUGAAAGCAAACGAAACAGAGAAAACCUUGUUGACAACAAAAGAACGAGAUUGUCACUCAGACAACAGCAAACUCGGCAAGGCAGCAAGAAUGAGAACAAGAGACGUGCGAACCGGUGCAGUGAUGAGCACAAGAGAUGAUCUCCCAUUUGGAAGGCAACAACAAGCAGGCAAAGACAAGAAACGAACGUUGAAAGGCAAACUAUUUGGUGAUGAAACGAGCAACGAGUGGGGAGUCGAUUUAAGAGGAAACGAGAAGGAAUCAGAGUGUGUUACGAGUGUGAGGGACGUGGCUGUUGGUGUUGAUGUUGAUGUGAUGACGUCGGAGGCGAUUUCUGGGAGACAAAGCAACGUGGGUGUGAAGGGGCAUGCUGCAAGGAGAUUGAGUGGAGAGAAGGAUAGCUUGUUGUGUGAGGAUAUUGAAGACGAGGAGCUUGGUGGCGUCAUGGUUGUACAUAAACCGCGUGUAUCUCUCACUUCGGCAGUUAAUGCUAAACCACUUGAUAUCAACACAGCUAUUGCAUUGAAAACUCUUAUCUUUGGUGCUGGUACUUCAAAUUUCAAUUUGGAAUGGCAACGGCAUGGCUUCAGUUUUUGUGAUUUGCCAGGAUUGGAGUAUGGUCUCAUACAAUUGAAAGGUGGACCAUGUGGUGUGUUGGCAUCAGUUCAAGCCUUCAUUAUCAAACACUUACUAUUUGCUUCAAAUGAAAAGAAACCAAAUCGCAAAUUGGAACCGAGUGAUGCUGAGCGACGUGACGCAUUGUGUUUGGCUAUUGCUGAGAUAUUGUGGAGGUGUGGUGAGGAGCAGAGAGCUUGUGUAGUGAGGCCUUCGUUAAACACACUGUUUGGCUCUAUGCCUGGAAAGUACAAGGCUGAUAGAAUCACUGAAUAUCUACACAUUUUCCACACCACUGAGAAAUCAGCAUUAGAACACUUCAUUAAAGACAACAUCAGUCAGUUUGAGAGCUCAGCCUGCAACGGUGUCAUUCUCUUUCUCUACUCAGCCCUCUUAUCACGUGGACUCACAAAAAUUUGCGAAGAUAUGGAUGAAGCUGGCAACAGACUGAUAGGAAUGCAUGGAUAUUGCAAUCAGGAAAUUGUCAAUUUACUACUAACAGGAAUCGCGUCGUCCAAUGUGUUUAAUAAUCAGAUAGAACUGGAUGCCGGUGGAUCAUCGAAGUUGAUUUUAAAGGGAAUUUGGUCCCAAAGUGACGUCGGUUUUCUCUCUUUGUUUGAGCAUUAUGGCUCGUGUCAGGUGGGAAGCUACUUGAAGAGUCCUGCGUAUCCUGUGUGGGUUGUGUGCAGUGAGAGCCACUUUUCUGUGCUCUUUUCGACAGAAAGAGAGUUGCUUAGUAACUGGAAAUUAGAGCGUCGAUUUGAUCUGUUUUACUAUGACGGUUUUGCACAACAAGAUGACGUCAUUCGACUAACAGUGGACACAACGAGCAAGUCAACAUCUCUUGACGACGAUCACACCCCUCCAUUAGAACACUGCAUUCGAACAAAAUGGCGAGAUGCAUCCAUAGAUUGGAAUGGCACUGAACCAAUACUAUAGAAGGGUGUAUAAUAUAUUGUUAAUAUAUAAUUAAUAUUUUAAUAUAUUGUAAUUGAUUGUGACCUGAUGAAGAUAUUGCUGCGGAGAGUUUAUGUUAUAGACAUACGUCAUGGCAUGGUGUACAAGUAUAACUAAUAUGUGUGACGUCAUCAUUUUAUUAUCCGGGAAUUUUUCACAAGGUUUAGUAUCCAAGAUAUCUUACUGAAAAGUAAUGAUGUAAUUGUAGAUCUCUACUGUCACUUGACACCAUCAAGGUUAGUUUACUAUGUUGCAACUAAAUUUUUAGAAUUGCGUUUAUUAUAUUAACUAAUUUAAUUUAAUUUAAUGUGAUUGUGUGCAAGAGGU